AUGACAGUCUCUGCAGCAGAGGCAGUGGAUCGAGUGCCAGGCACAGUCCGCCUGGUCGACUUCGGGCAUCAGUUACACAAUGUCAAGCACCAAACUGGCAAGUCCGACGUGGUUCUGAUCCCACAGCCCACUUCAAACCCGAAUGAUCCCCUCAAUUGGAGCAAAGCCCGGAAGGAGUACCACUUCUGGUUGCUCUGGAUCUGGGGCUUCAUCGCCGCCGUGUCAGUCAACUGGUCAGGGCCAGUGUGGACUCAAUUGGCAGACGAUCUCCACACAGACUACGUCCAUCUCAACAUCUCCUCCGCCCUUUGCUGGCUCUUCCUCGGCAUCGGCUGCGUGCUUUUGCAGCCCACAUCCAUGAAGAUCGGCCGGCGUCCGGUCUACAUUCUCGGCACGCUGUUCAACAUCGCGGGCUGCAUCUGCGGAGGACUCAUGCAUACCGUGAAACAGUACUUUGCCGUCAAUAUCCUCACAGGUUUUGGAGCUGCCCCCGUGGACUCCCUGGUCGAGAUCUCCACCACCGACCUGUUCUUCCUGCAUGAGCGCGGCACCAGACUCAGCCUGUAUAUCUUCGCCAUCUAUGCUGGCUCGUACCUGGGCCCCGUCGCCAGCGGGUAUAUCGCUGCCUCUCAGGACUGGCGUUGGUGUUUCUGGUACCUGGUCAUCUUCUUCGCCGUCCUUCUUCUUGUUCAGAUUCUGUCGCUAGAAGAGUCCAGCUUUCGCCGGCCUGCUCAACCCCUGCUGGGUGAAGAUGUGGCCGCAGCAAAAACCAUCAACUAUGACGAUGAGGAGGCUGCUGCUGCUGCUGCUGCUGCUGCCGCUACUGUUUAUGAGAAUGAAGAGGAGAGACAAGGGGAGACUGACUCUGAUUCCCCCCCUGUCAAAACGUUCACACAGCGUCUACGUCUCUGGGACGUAUCCCAGAACGACCCCCGAUCGUGGCUGUUGCUGGCCAUCCAGCCCUUCUCGCUGCUUGUCUUUCCCCCGAUCGUCUGGGCUGGCGUUGUCUAUGGCGUGCAAGUGAUGUGGCUGUCUUUGCUUGCUUCCACACAGUCGUUGAUCUUCAAUGCGGCGCCCUACAAUUUCUCCGUGGAAGUUGUCGGCGAUACCAACUUCGCUGCCUUUAUCGGUGGCUCCCUGGGCAUGCUCUGGGGCGGCAGCCUGAGCGACUGGUACACACAGCGCCUGGCGCGCAGGAACAACGGCAUCAUGGAGCCAGAGUUCCGUCUGUGGAUGAUGCUCCCCCUGGCCAUCAUCAACACUGCCGGCGUGCUCAUGUACGGCGUUGGGGCAGCUCAAGGCGCACACUGGAUCGUCCCAGCGGGGUUUGGAACCGCCUUCAUCGGGUUUGGAAUCGGGAGCGGCGGUGCUAUCGCCAUCACAUAUGCCGUCGACUGUUACCCAGAGGUGGCGUCUGAGUCUUUGGUUCUGAUGCUCUUUCUGAGAAACAUGGUUGGAACAGGGUUUACAUUUGCCAUUCAACCAUGGUUGGAUCUCGAUGGACUCCAGACCACAUCUAUCAUCAUGGCCGUGCUCUGUCUGGUCUUCAACCUUUCCUUCGUCAUCUUCACCUGGAAGGGGAAGUCGAUGCGCAGAUGGACCGCGAAGCGAUAUUGGUCCAUGGCCGAGAGGUCAAGAGCAGUUCAUGCAGCUGUGAUAUAA